AACCCGGACUGUUGGCCUCAUUCAUUAGCUCAGCUCGUACAUAAAAAAUCAAUCAAUUCAGAAACUAGUUACAAAUAAUUCCCCAUUUUGAAUAUGGAUGAGCGUUAUGUGUUCAAGAUACUGAUGCUGGGCGAUGCGGGCGUGGGCAAGACGUGUCUGCUGCAGCGCUUUGUGGAGAAUCGUUUUACCGGCAAUUACAAGUGCACGGUGGGCGUGGACUCGAAGAUACGCACCGUCGAAAUCUCCGGGCAUAAGGUGAAGCUACAGAUCUGGGAUACGGCCGGUGAGGAGCGCUACCGUUCGAUGAUGAGCUCCUAUUACCGUCACGUUCAGGGCAUAAUCCUGGUCUUUGAUACAACACGUCGUCGCAGCUAUCAGAACGUCGACUACUGGCUCAAGGAGAUUGACAAGCACGCAGCGACGAAUGUGCGCAUCCUGCUGGUGGGCAACAAAUGCGACGCAUUCCAGGGCCGUCAGGUGUGCCAACAGUCGGCGGCCAUUUAUGCCGAAAGUCUGGGCGUCACCUAUGUGGAGGCCUCUGCCGUCACUGGCGCCAAUGUGGAGCGUCUUUUCGCCAAUCUGGCGGUCAGCAUAUUCGAUACACACGUGGAACGCAAUCGGCCCGGCACCGUAUUUCCGGCUGAAGACAAGAAUGCAGUUACUCUUAAGCAAGGCACUGGCAUACGCGAUUUCUGUUGCUAAGCUUCAAUUAUGGUCUUUUCUAUUUAUUUUAUUACAUUGAAAUUGCAUGUAACAACCCUCCCACGCACACUCAAGUAACGGCCAGAAGCUGCCCCUGUUUCGGCUGUGGCAAUCAAAUCGUGCACCAAUUGCCCGGCAACAAUUUGCUUGGGCUUACUUUGAUGACCUGACAGCCUAACUCCUAUGCACCCCAACUGCUCAUCCGGCACAGCUCGUUAAACUGAAGCUAAAUCCGUGCCAUCAUGGGCCACAAACUAUAUUUGUGCACAGUUUUGGUAACAUAGCGUUCGCCUUAAGAGUGGCCAGUUUAUGUUUAUGCAUCAUUUGUUUUAUUUUUUAACAGCUUGCUUAAUUCCUACUUAUGUGUAUUUAGUUGCAUAUAAAAAAAAAA